UGGUGUGAGUAUUGAUAAUUUGGUCAUGUACUUUUGAAAAGGACGAAUCUGCGCAAGCGCAAAACAGGCUUUUUUGGUGAUAUAUUUAAUGUUUUGCGUGUUCAUAAUUAAUUUUAAUAAAUUUUAUAAGGUUUACUAUUUGUAUAAAUGUUUUUCCAAACAAAAAAGUGUGGUUUUAUGACAAAAACAUUUUAUGAAGAGAUUUUUAUGACCUUUUCAAAUAUUACAUCGAAUACAGAGCAGCGGCAGCUGCUGCUGCCGUUGACACCGCGCAGCAUUGAUUUCAAUUAAAUAAGGUGUGACGAUUUUUACUCUCCAAAACGGAACAAAAAGUUUACAACACAUUAGAAUUUUGUUACUUUAUCUGUUCUUAAUGUUGGAUACAAAUAACCCAACCUUAUUUGUUGAGAAAAUGGCAAGUUAUAAAUUUCCUUUAAAAUUAUCAUGCGAAAUUCCCCUCCCGCAUUUACUUUAUUUAUGAGAUAAAAUUCUGUCAUACCCUCACAAUCCAAAUACUUGGCUGGCUCUAGUGGUUUGACGUUUAGAUUCUGUCGUUCAAUUCUUCAAAAUGCCUCGUGUAAACAAGCAACGUCGAGCUGUUUUUUUGCAUGAAGGUUAGAAAAAAUCGCGAAACAACUUAUCAACCGGAUCCAAAUGCCAAAGAGGAGCUUAUCAACAUGUCAGCCUGAAUCUCGCAAGCGAGAAUGCCUAUUUCCCCUCCGCUCAAAUGGCCAAUUUGUUCCACAAGGUGACACCGGCUUUGGGAGUCGCAAGGGGAUCUUCUGGCCUGCGUUCCGACGGACGGCGACCCAUCGCACGACGUCGCAGAUGCAGCUUCCGGCUCGGGACCCACAAACGUGAACGCAUACUUUGUCCCCUGCGCUAAAAUGGUGCCACCGGCUUCGGGAGUCGCAAGGGGACGUUCUGACCUGCGCUCCGACGAACGGCGAACCAUCGCAGGGCAUCGCAGAUGCAGCUUCCGGCUCGGGACCCGCAAACGUGAACGCCACCGGUUUUGGGAGUCGCAAGCGGAUCUUCUGACCUGCGUUCCGACGGACGGCGACCCAUCGCACGACGUCGCAGAUGCAGCUUCCGGCUCGGGACCCACAAACGUGAACGCAUACUUUGUCCCCUGCGCUAAAAUGGUGCCACCGGCUUCGGGAGUCGCAAGGGGACGUUCUGACCUGCGCUCCGACGAACGGCGAACCAUCGCAGGGCAUUGCAGAUGCAGCUUCCGGCUCGAGACCCGCAACGUGAACGCCUACUUCGUCCCCUGCGCUAAAAUGGUGCCACCGGCAUUAAACGAAAACUAAUUAUACUCUCAAGGAGAUUGAUAACCAAAAAAAUUUCUUCGAUCAAAAUAUUUAAACAAAAAUUGUUGUGUUCAAAAAAAUGUUUAAUGAUAACUUGGAAAUCAAAAAGUGUUUCUUGCAGCUUGCAAUGUUUUAAAUAAACACUGUUAAAAAAUGUGUUAUACCAUGACGGGUUUUCUUACAAAAAUUAUCCUUUCGCAAUCUUCCGGCCGUAAGUAAAAAAAAAU